UUUAUCGACGUGUAAACAUCUGAAGCCAUGGCCGAGACCGCUCCAGCUGCCGCCGCUCCGCCGGCUAUGGCUCCCAAAAAGAAAUCGGCGUCUAAGCCCAAGAAAACGGGCCCGAACGUCAGGGACCUCAUCGUCAAGACUGUGUCCGCCUCCAAGGAGAGAAGCGGCGUGUCCCUCGCCGCCCUGAAGAAGGCUCUGUCUGCGGGCGGCUACGAUGUGGAGAAGAACAACUCCCGCAUCAGGAUUUCCAUCAAGAGUUUGGUGACCAAAUAA